AUGAAUGUAUCAGUAAUAAAUGAAAUAAAUAUCAAACUAAAUAAUGGCAAACGCAGUGAACACAAGCACCAUAAACUCUUCCUGCUAGAACACAAGCACCAUAAACUCCUCCUGCUAGAACACAAGCACCAUAAACUCCUCCUGCUAGAACACAAGCACCAUAAACUCUUCCUGCUAGAACACAAGCACCAUAAACUCUUCCUGCUAGAACACAAGCACCAUAAACUCUUCCUGCUAGAACACAAGCACCAUAAACUCUUCCUGCUAGAACACAAGCACCAUAAACUCUUCCUGCUAGAACACAAGCACCAUAAACUCCUCCUGCUAGAACACAAGCACCAUAAACUCCUCCUGCUAGAACACAAGCACCAUAAACUCUUCCUGCUAGAACACAAGCACCAUAAACUCCUCCUCAUAGAACAUGAGCACUAUAAACAAUUUCUGCAAGAACACAAGAAUUAUAAGCUACUCCUGCUAGAACACAAACACCAUAAAAUCAUUUGA